UCUAAAGGUGCCCCACCUACCCCAUUACUCUCUGGAUAAAUCUGAGAUGGAGAAAUGCAUGCAUGCAUGCUUCAAUUACAAAGGAUCUUGAAAUAAUUGGUUUACAAAUGGAGCAGCAGCAGAAGACGAAGAGAGGAAGACAAGAAGAUGAUGAUGAGAGUGAGAAGGAAUGGUAUGAGAAUGCGAACAACGCAAAGAGAAGAGACGUGUGUGGCAUGAAGUUGAUGAAGGAGGUGGAGAAAGAGAAAGAGAAGGAGAAGGAGAAGGAGGGUUGUUCUUCAGAUGCAUGGGAAUCCCAAUUGGGACUUGGGGUGUUUGAUUUCCCAUGGCUGAAAGAUGGUGUGAGGUGUAAAUCAGAAGAGUAUUUUCUGGGUUUUGAAGACAAUUUUUCAUCAUUGCUGGAACAAGAAGACGCGUCCUCCAAAGGUUCUAGUGUUGGUUUGUUUGAGACUCCAGAAGAGAAGUUGGAGCAUAUUGCAUGGCAGCCAUUUGAGAGUGAGAUGGUAGAGCACGAAGCAGAAGAUGUGGAUUGCAUUUGGAGCUCUCUUCUCAAACACCCUCUCUGACCACAUCACCACCAACAUUUUCUAUCAUUCUUCAUUGGAGUUAGGUGUAAAAUAUUUUUAAUAUGUUAAUUUUCGUCGUUUUCUUCUUCUCUUUUUCCAUUGUAAUUUAAAUUCCUUCCUUUUUUCUGCAUGGAUCUGGAAGACAUUGUCACAUAUAUCACCCUUUUCGUUCAUUGUCCAAAUUAAAUUACAUGGACUGUAUUAUCAGUUAAAUCUGGAGCUCAUACUGUACCCAGAUUGAUGCAU